AUGGCCCGGAUGAAGCUGAGGAAACUGGAGGAGUAUCUGCAGGGCGUUGACGGCUUCGAGCAACCCAAGAUCCUUUUGGAACAGUACCCCACUCCACCGCACAUAGCCGCCUGUAUGGCGCACCACAUGCAGUCGCAGCACGAGGACAUCGAGGGAAAACUGGUGGGAGAUCUGGGCUGUGGCUGCGGAAUGCUCAGCAUUGCUUCCACCCUUCUGGGCGCACAGCUCACAGUUGGCUUUGAACUGGAUGGCGAUGCUGUGGACACCUUUAGGGGCAAUGUAGUGGAGAUGGAGCUUCCCAAUGUCGACUGCGUGCGGGCAGAUGUGCUGCAGCUGAUCGGCAGCAAGUGGGAGAAGUCUUUCGACACGGUGCUGAUGAACCCCCCAUUCGGAACAAAACACAAUGCCGGCAUGGACAUGCGGUUUCUGGAGGUGGCCCUACGGCUGGCCAACAGAGCAGUUUACUCCCUCCACAAGACGUCAACGCGGGCCUACAUUCAGAAAAAGGCACAGGAAUGGGGCGCCCGCGGCUCUGUGGUCGCAGAACUCCGGUACAACAUCGACGCCAGCUACAAGUUCCACAAGCAGAAGUCCAGAGAUAUCGAGGUUGACUUCUGGCGCUUUGAAAUCGGCAAGGAAUAGGAAGAAUUAUAUCAGUUGCAUUUAGUUUUGGACAUUAUAUGUAUUUGAAUUGUAAAUUGUAGCACAUUAAAAUUGAUCAUAUUUGUUUUCUACUCCACAUUAAA